AUGAUGCAGUUUAUCUCCGCUUCGUUGUUCCUCAUGGCGACAGAGCUCGCAAAAGGGGUAUCAGCGCAAGAUCAUUUCAACGUUCGCCCUUUUCACAUUGCCUUAGAGAGCCACGUUCCACGAAUGCUCAACCUGGCAAAAGAGACCAGGCUACCUGAAUCACCAAUCUAUCCCGGUUUGGGAUCCACCGCCGGAAUCGACACGAAAGUGCUUAACGACCUUCGGUCUCAAUGGCUGAGCGACUUCAACUGGACGAGGGAGCAAAAAGAAUUGAACCAGUUCCAUCACUACCUCGCAGAAAUCGAAGGCCAAACGAUCCACUACAUCCACGAGAAAUCCUCCUCGCCAGACGCAAUCCCCCUCAUGCUCCUCCACGGCUGGCCAGGCUCCUUCCUCGAAUUCCUCCCCGUCAUCGAACCGCUCACCAAGAAAGCCAAAACCUCCACUGGCAGACCCGUCUCAUUCAACAUUAUCAUUCUAGGCUACAAGACCUUCGCGGUCCACGGCACGGAUUGGGGUGCCGCGCCGGCGUAUACGCUGUAUGCGAACUAUACGAAGACGGUGAGGGCUGCGCAUCUUGCGUUUUUGCCCGUGUACCCGCCUACGACAGCGCAGAUCGAGGCGGAGGAUAUUACUCUCACGCCGCUGGAGCAGUUUGAGUAUCAGAGGGCGAAUGAGUGGGCGAGGAGUGGGGAUGGGUAUUUUGUGGAGCAGACGUUCCAACCCAACACCAUCGGCCUCGCUCUCCAAGAUAGCCCAGUUGGUCAACUCUCCUGGAUCGGCGAGAAGAUGAUAUCCUGGUCCGACCCCCGCGCCGGCACACCCCCCUCGCUCAUCACCCACAACGAGAUCCUCCGCUCCGUCUCCCUCUACUACCUGACACAAUCCUUCGUCUCCUCCGCCUUCAUCUACUUCCAGAACCCCAACGGCUUCGCCACGACGUACACGAAAGCGGAGACGGAUGCUCCGUUGUUUUUUAGUAGUUUCAAGUAUAAUGUGGGGUUUUGGCCCAGGGAGUUUGUGGAGAAGGUGGGGAGGUUGGUGGAGUAUAGGAAUCAUGACUUUGGUGGUCAUUUCCCUGGGCUGGAUAAUCCGCCAGCGCUGAUUGAGGACUUGCGGCAAUUCAAGGAGUACUGGAAUUAA